UAUAUAGAAAAAUAUUUAAUUUCAAAUGCAAUCAUGUAUACUUCAUGUUAACUAUACGUUGAAUAUAAGUUUUUAUUACAAAUAAUUUGUUUAUAAUAUUUAUAUUAAUUUAGUGCAAUAAUUUAUUCUAAUUUAAAUAUAUUUAUUUACUUAUUGAUAAUAAAAUAAUGAUGGCUCUACGUUUAGCUAUCCGAGGGAAUCUAAAUUUUAGUUGUUUAAUUACUAGACCUGUAGUAUUUCGCAUGAAUCAAUUAAAUAGAUUUAAACAUUUUGAUAAUAGAGAAUCUCCAAUUUCCAAACAGAAAAAACAAGAAGGAAGCAUACUACGUACAAUGGCUAAUGGGAUUGCCAUUGGUGUGGCUAUUGGAAUUGGAUAUUACUAUUUCACAGAUUUUGAAAAAAAAUUACCAGGUUCAAUUGUAAAUACACCCACAACAGUAUCAAAAAUUCAAAAACUACCUGAAAUUAAAAUUACUCGCGAAGUACAUUAUCACAAUGAAGAAAAAGCAGAUUUUAUUUUAUUUCAAUAUCCCACAUGUCCAUUUUGUUGUAAGGUUCGAGCAUUUUUGGACUACUUUAAAAUAUCAUACAAUAUUGUUGAAGUUGACCCUAUGCUAAAGCAACAAAUUAGUUGGUCAUCAUAUAAAAAAGUUCCAAUUUUAUUAGUUAAAUUGGGUGAUGGUUAUAUACCACUUACAGAUAGCACCAUGAUAAUAUCAGCAAUGACCACAUAUUUAAAAGAUCCAUCAGUUAAUAUUCAAGAUAUUGCAAAUUAUUAUCCAUCUGUGUCUUUUGUAGACACAGAUGGUAAACGAAAAUCUGAAAUUAUGAAUAAAUAUUUUAUAAUGAAUCAUGAAGAAUCAAUUAAAGAUAAACAACUAAAAUUUGAUGAUGAAAGAAAAUGGAGAAAGUGGUCAGAUGAAGUUUUAGUACAUUCUUUAUCACCAAAUGCUUACCGAAGUUUGCCUGAAGCUAUAGAUUCAUUUAAAUGGUUUUCAGUAGUUGGUCAAUGGGAAAAAAAUUUUCCGCUUUGGGAGACUAUUUUAAUGAUUUAUGGAGGUGCUUUUAUGAUGUGGAUAAUUAGCAAAAAAUUAAAAAAAAAGUACAAGUUAAAAGAUGAUGUUCGCCAGUCUCUUUAUGAUGACUGCAACAUUUGGAUGAAUGAAGUAAAAAAAAAAGGGGAAACAUUUAUGGGUGGUAAAAAACCAAAUUUAGCUGAUUUGGCUGUCUAUGGUAUAUUAUCUAGUAUAGAGGGUUGUAUGGCUUUUGAAGAUGCAUGUAAAAAAACUGAUAUUAAUAUUUGGUAUAGUAAUAUGAAAGCAGCAAUCAAUUAAUGUUAUUCCUAUUUCAAUUAUGUAAAUAUUGAAUUAAUACUUUGUUGUUUUGUAAUUAUUGUUAGAUAGGUAAAAUAUACUAAAUAAACUAUGAAAAUUAAUUAUA